UCCUUGAUUCUGCACAGUCGCUGUUGACUACGAAAAUGCCGAGGCCAUUGGGAGUAAAAGCUGGUAAGAAAAGGAAGAAGAGAGAGGAAAAAUAUGAUAAAGAGGAGGAUGAGCAAGUAGAAAUGGUACAAGAGGAUGUACCAGCUGCUGCCACUAUUGAGGAAACAGUUGAAGAUGAUAAGGUAGCGGAAGAUUUGGCCGAUGAUAUCCCCGACAUUCCGGUUACUAUUACGAAGCAGAAGAGCCAGCCUGGGGCGGUUUUCCUGCUCGAAAGGGCUUCCCUUGAGGUUGCCAAAGUAGGGAAGACCUACCAAAUUUUGAAUUCUGAGGACCAUGCCAAUUUUUUGAUGAAGCACAAAAAGAAUCCUGCAGAUUACAGGCCAGACAUUGUUUAUCACAAGGUUUCAAAGAUGUAUGCUAUUAUUGUCUUGUGUAUCUGGCCGUUUUUCUGA